GACAGUCCGUGGUCGGCAAAGACUCCCAACUUUAAGGACGACACCUCCGCCCGGAAGGGUUUCGCAGCCAGUGUAGAUUCCCGGACACUGAGAGGCUAAGCUCACGCCUUCGACGAAGACACAUUUUCCUGACUUACUAGUCCCCAUAUUCACAGCUUCAGAGCUGCUUAAGAAAAGCAACAGGGGACCUUGGAGGGACCCAGCGGAGCGUGCUUGAGGUCAUACCACGCUCCCGAACACAGCAUUGUUCAAAACACGGGAAACAAUCUUCGUCACAACAUGUCACAGACCGCAGGAUCUAUCAACCCUGGGGAGCUCUUCUCCGUUAAGGGUCUCGUGGCCCUCGUCACAGGGGGCGGCACCGGGAUCGGGCUCAUGAUCGCCCAUGCCCUCGCCGACGCCGGCGCAGAGCGAGUAUACAUCGCGGGCCGGCGCAUGGACGUGCUGCAGGAGGCGGCGGCGGCGGCGGCGUCGGCCAACCGCGCGGGGGUGAUCGUGCCGCUGUGCUGCGACAUCACGUCCAAGGCCAGCCUCGAGGGCGCCGUGGCCACCGUCGAGCGCGACAGCGGCUACCUCCACCUGGUGGUGUGCAACGCGGGCAUCGCGGGGCCGCAGGUGCGGCCGCCCGUGGCGGGCGAGACGAGCCUGGAGGAAUGGCGCCAGCGGCAGAUGGAGGACGUCGAGGGGUUUACGGACACGUUCCGCGUCAAUAGCUCGUCCGUGUGGUUUACCGCCAUGGCGUUCCUGAAGCUGCUGGACGAAGGGAACAGGAAGCCGUUCGACCAGCAGGUGAGCAGCCAGGUCGUGGUCGUCAGCUCGAUCGCCGGGUUUAAUAAGCAUGCCACGGGCGGGUAUGCGUACGGCCCGAGCAAGGCGGCCGCGACGCAUAUUGCGAAGAUGCUGAGCAACGUGCUGCCGACGUGGGGGAUCCGGGCGAACUGUAUCUGCCCUGGGCUAUUCCCGAGCGAGAUGGCGGCACCUAUCGUUCGACGGGCCACAGGCGGCGGGGAAUUGGGGGACGCGGACGACAGCACGGUCACCCUGGACACGAGCGUCGUCCCUCUGGGCCGCAUGGGCGAUAACAAGGACAUGGCGGGCCAGAUUCUCUAUCUUACCUCACGGGCUGGUGCCUAUCUGAACGGAAACACCAUUGUCGUGGACGGUGGCCGGCUAGGGACCUUCCCCAGCGCGGGAUAUUGAUGGAGGGAUACGCAUCGCCGAGGAGUGCAGCUGAGAUUGGGGCCUGCUCACCUUGUCUUGACUCGUUAUCCACCAGGUAACCUGGAGGCGAGCAUAUUCGAUUCAUGUACAUAGAAGUACUAAUAUACAUACUCACCACGCCCGCCAAAUGCUUCCGUACAAGACAGGUAGCA